CUUUUCUCGGCAAAGGAAAUAAAAGACCCAGCGCGCACCGGCGAAGGCGGCCGGUGUCACGGGCGAUUUCAACUUGCUUCCCUCGUCGCCUCCCUCCCACCCCAACUUCAAUCGUCGGAUCGGAUGACGACGCGGUCGCGGGCACGGCGCUUCCUGCCGCUGCUCACCUUCAUCACCCUCGGCAUGAUCUUAGGCUCACUGCUUCAGCUGGCAUUUUUUCGCCAUCUAGAUGACCACCCCAGUGUUCUGCACGGCAGAUACGGUGCAUUUGGAUAAUGAUCAGGAGGCAGCAGUUCUUCGGCUUGGAUACGUGAAGCCUGAAGUUAUCAGCUGGACGCCCCGAAUAAUUGUUUUCCAUAAUUUUCUUAGCUCAGAGGAGUGUGAUUUUCUAAAAGAAAUUGCUAGACCAAGACUCGAGAUUUCUACUGUAGUUGAUGUUGCAACUGGAAAAGGUGUAAAAAGUGAUGUACGCACAAGUUCUGGUAUGUUUGUCAACUCUGAAGAAAGAAAAUUCCCAGUCAUUCAGGCUAUAGAGAAGCGGAUUUCUGUGUUCUCUCAGAUACCUGUAGAAAAUGGGGAACUCAUCCAAGUUUUGCGGUAUGAACCAAGCCAAUAUUACAGGCCACAUCAUGAUUACUUUUCUGAUACUUUCAACCUCAAACGUGGGGGGCAACGUGUUGCUACAAUGUUGAUGUAUUUGACUGAUGGUGUUGAAGGCGGUGAAACCCACUUUCCUCAGGCAGGAGAUGGUGAAUGCAGUUGUGGAGGAAGGAUCGUCAGAGGACUUUGUGUUAAGCCAAACAAAGGAGAUGCUGUGCUCUUUUGGAGCAUGGGACUCGAUGGUAACACAGAUUCGAACAGCAUUCACAGUGGCUGUGCUGUUUUGAAAGGGGAAAAAUGGUCGGCUACGAAAUGGAUGAGGCAAAAGAUGACUUUCUGAGAUCAGAUAAACAUAGAGGGAAGUGGAUUCUUUCUGUGUAAUCUGUAAUACAGAUAUGCAAGUACUAUAUCAAUCAUUCCAGGAAUAAAUGAAUGGUGGAUUGGCCUUCGUGA